CGCAGCCUUGGUCAUUCGCUUGUCACCCUCACCCGCGACUGCUUGACAUCGAGAUUGGGGACAGCCUUGAUCCAUCUCGCUAUCGAAAAUGGGCAAGCUUGUGACCGUAGCAACUUGCUCUCUCAACCAAUGGUCGCUUGAUUUCGAUGGCAAUGCAGAGCGCAUAAUCACAAGUAUCAAACAAGCCAAAGCAGCAGGCGCUCGGCUCAGAGUCGGUCCAGAGCUGGAAGUCUGUGGAUAUGGAUGUGCAGAUCACUACUUGGAGGGUGACCUCUUUCUUCACUGUUGGGAAUCGCUGGCGACCAUCAUCACCCACCCAGACGUCACCGACUGUAUUCUCGAUAUCGGCAUGCCUGUGCGACACAAUUCCGUGCGCUACAAUUGCAGGGUGAUUGUCUUGAACAAGAAGAUCCUUCUCAUCCGUCCCAAGAUGUCCAUGUGCGAGGAAGGGAACUACUUUGAGUCUCGAUGGUUCACUCCCUGGACCCGGCAACGAGAAGUCGAAGACUACCCGCUCGAGGAUGCAAUCAGCAGUGUCACCGGCCAGCGAACAGCACCAUUCGGUGAUGGAGUCCUCCAGACUAUCGACACGUUGGUUGGCGCAGAAACGUGUGAAGAACUGUUCACUCCCGAUGCUCCCCAUAUUCAUAUGGGAUUAAAUGGCGUUGAGAUCUUUGUUAAUUCCAGUGGCUCGCAUUACGAGUUGCGCAAGCUUCAAACACGUGUCUCUCUCAUUCGAGAGGCUACAAGACAGAAUGGCGGCAUAUACGUGUAUUCCAAUCAACGAGGCUGCUCUGGAGACAGAUUGUACUACGAUGGCUGUGCCAUGAUCUUUGUGAACGGCAGACUUCUAGCUCAAGGGAGCCAGUUCAGCUUGAACGACGUAGAGACCAUCACCGCAAACGUCGAUCUCGAGGAUGUGCGGUCAUUCCGCGUUUCUCACUCGCGAAACCUCCAGGGUGCACGGGCUUCGCCAUAUCCCCGUAUCCCCGUCGACAUCCGCUUGACGCACCCAGGCUUCGAACAGACUGGAAAAUUCCUCGCCCCUUCGCCAGAUAUCCCAAUUCGCUAUCAUUCUGCCGCCGAGGAAAUUCAAUUUGCUCCUGCUCUUUGGCUUUGGGACUACCUGAGGCGUUCCAGAACAGCAGGAUUCUUCCUACCUUUGUCUGGUGGUAUCGAUUCUGCAUCAACGGCCGUGCUUGUGUUUUCAAUGUGCCGGCUGCUGUAUGACGCUGUCACGUCCGACCACACCCUGGAUCACACCAAGGAACUCGUUCUGGACGACCUCCGCCGAGUCUGCGCGCAGGCCGACAACUGGACGCCCUCCAGCCCACAAGAAAUCUGCGGCCAUAUUUUUCACUCCACCUACAUGGGUUCGAAAAACAGCAGCAAGGAGACUCGGUCCAGAGCAGCGGCGCUUGCGAAAGCCAUAGGAUCCUAUCACAUCGACCUAAAUAUUGACGGCGUGGUGUCGGCUCUCACCACAUUGUUCACCACUGUCACUGGAUUCACUCCAAGUUUUACUUCUACAAAUCCCUCCGAAGGGCUUGCCUUGCAAAACAUUCAGGCGCGCAUACGUAUGGUUAUAGCGUACUUUUUUGCUCAACUCUUGCCGAGUGUCAGAAAGCGCAAAGGAGGCGGCGGUCUUCUGGUUCUGGGCUCCGCCAACGUCGACGAGCAACUCCGUGGCUACCUGACGAAGUAUGAUGCGAGCAGCGCGGAUAUAAACCCGAUCGGUGGGAUAUCCAAGGUUGAUCUUCGAAUGUUUCUCGCUCACGCCCGAGACAAUCUCGACCUCCCACUUUUGCAGGGUUUCCUCGACGCCACGCCCACAGCCGAGUUGAUCCCGACGACCAACGCCGACGCUCACACCCAAUCCGACGAGGAAGAAAUGGGUAUGACAUACGCUGAACUCAGUGUGCUGGGCCGGCUGCGCAAGGUUGGACGCCUCGGCCCAUGGGGCGUUUUCGAGAAGCUCAUCCCCAUCUGGACGUCCGCCCCGCCAGAUCCAGAGAUGAUCGCCACAGAAGCUCGCGGCGCGCACACAGAUCCGCAGUACGUACACAGCGUGGCGCACGGUGAGAGCAUGACGCCGCGCGCCGUGUACGAGAAAGUGCGAAGAUUCUUUUACUAUUAUGCGAUCAACAGACAUAAACAAACCACCCUGACGCCAGGAUUGCAUAUGGAACAGUACUCGCCGGACGAUCACCGAUACGAUAUGCGGCCGUUCUUAUACCCCAGCUUCACGGCGCAGUACCGUAAGAUGGAGCAGGCAGUCCAGGUGCUCGAGGAGAACGCGAAGAAGACGGGUCCACAACGCAACAGCACUUAGGUGUUCGCGGGGUUUGUGCGUGGAGCGGUAUCCCAGAGUCUACAGGAGAUUUGCGAGCAUAGACGUCCCACUCCUCUCCAUGACUGCGAGAAGUAGCAGAUAGAGAUCAACGUGUCAACAUAUCACCGUCGAAAUGUCCAGCUUGAUGCCAAGAGUUCCGCCGGAUGGCCAUUCCGAUACCGGCCACGGAGAUAACGUUAGUGACGGCGGUGCGGUCACGUGGGA